UAGAUAACCAGACACAGGGUUCGGUUGUGAUCAAAGCAAGCAGCGGCAGCGAGUCGUCUGAGCCCAGAGUGACAGGGCGUUAUUUACAUGAUUAGAAUAUACAAUAGGCAAUAUUGUAUCGAAGGAAUAAUAGAAACAUAUCUUAAACAAUCAGUUCGUCAUGGAGUCCUAUGACAUUAUAGCUAACCAGCCGGUUGUGAUCGAUAAUGGUUCAGGUGUUGUCAAAGCUGGCUUUGCUGGAGACCAGAUUCCCAAAUACUGCUUCCCCAACUAUGUGGGCCGUCCCAAGCAUGUGCGCGUGAUGGCAGGAGCCCUGGAGGGGGACCUCUUCAUUGGACCCAAAGCAGAGGAGCACAGAGGGUUACUGUCAGUGAGGUAUCCCAUGGAGCACGGCAUAGUGAAGGACUGGAACGACAUGGAGAGGAUCUGGCAGUACGUCUACUCCAAGGAACAGCUGCAGACCUUCUCAGAGGAGCACCCUGUCCUGUUGACUGAAGCGCCUCUGAACCCCAGUAAGAACAGGGAGAAGGCGGCUGAGGUUUUCUUCGAGACCUUCAACGUCCCCGCCCUCUUUAUCUCCAUGCAGGCAGUCCUCAGUCUCUAUGCAACAGGGCGUACCACGGGGGUGGUGUUAGAUGCGGGUGACGGGGUGACCCACGCGGUGCCCAUCUACGAGGGCUUUGCCAUCCCCCACUCCAUCAUGAGGGUGGACAUCGCUGGCAGGGACGUGUCCCGCUACCUCCGGCUGCUGCUACGCAAGGAGGGCUACGACUUCCACACCUCCGCAGAGUUUGAGGUUGUUCGCACCAUCAAAGAGAGAGCCUGCUACCUGUCCCUGAACCCCCAGAAGGAUGAGACUCUGGAGACAGAGAAGGCUCAGUACACCCUCCCCGACGGCAGCACGCUGGAUAUUGGUCCAGCCCGGUUCCGAGCACCAGAGCUGCUGUUCAGGCCAGACUUGAUCGGAGACGAGAGCGAGGGGAUCCAUGAGGUGCUGGCUUUCGCCAUCCAGAAGUCUGACAUGGACCUCCGACGCACACUCUUCUCCAACAUUGUACUGUCUGGAGGAUCUACACUGCUCAAAGGCUUCGGUGACAGGCUACUAAGCGAAGUGAAGAAGCUCGCUCCCAAAGACGUGAAAAUCAAGAUCUCCGCCCCUCAGGAGAGGCUGUACUCCACGUGGAUUGGUGGCUCCAUCCUGGCGUCAUUGGACACCUUUAAGAAGAUGUGGGUCAGUAAGAAGGAGUAUGAGGAGGACAGAGCACGGGCCAUCCACAGGAAGACCUUCUAACACCGCUGCCCUUAAACUGCCCUCAACAUUAGCUAUCUGCCUCCAACCUUCCCUCACACUACCAUCCAAUGCUCCUGUAUCGGCCCUCAGUUGCCCCACAUUGCCAAUUUGCCCCAGACAAUUCCAACGGUCCCCAUAUUGCCCUCCAUUACCAUUCCAUACAGCCCAAUGUCUGCCCCAGUCUCUCCCCCUUUGUUACCCCCAUCCUCUGGCCAGGGGAGUUUCUAUAUACACCCUCCCUCAGUUCAGCAUGCCUUUUGUUGCCACCCACCCCACCCAUGGGUGUAGGGAGAGAGCAGGGUGCCCCUUCAGGUAAACCUGUGACCCCCUCACCUCCUCCCUCCACACACACACCCCUCGACCCCAAACAUACCCCUCACACACACCCAGGGCUGCGUGGGCAUUUGUCAAUACUGUGGACUGUCUGUUUUUCUGUUCUAAAGGGGGCAAUGCUAUACUCUACUCAAACCUGAAGUAUUUAUAUUACUCUCCUAUCUUCCCUACCUAGCGUCAUAUCAUCCAGUGACAAUGAAGGUGAAUGUUUUUUUUGAUACUGUAAGAAUUUCAUUCCAAACCGAAGAGAUUGACUUUUGCUUUUUAAAAAUGUUUAAUAUUUUGGUCAUCACGGUAACAGAUCACCAUGUUGAAGUCACCAUUGUUUUGUUGUUUUAGUUUUAGUUUCCAUUUGUUUAAUUAGUUCGUAUUGAGGGUUAGGGUUAUGACAGUCUGCUAUUGGAAUAGGUCAUGCUGCUCUCUGUGGUCUGGGGUAAAGAAUACCACUGUGUUUUACAUUGGCUCAUAAAACAUCCAAGGAAUUCAUUGGAAAACAUUAAAGGAACUUCUCUCUCCACCAACCCUCCUACAGGUGUUUAACAACAAUGACUACUGGACAUGUUUAGAUGGCAGCGAUGUUUAACGCUUCCUUAUAUUGAUGUGUCAAAAUAUAAAGUAUCUCCAUUCGGUUAGCUGUGUUUUUUUCCUCUUUGUCUGAAAAUGAUGUUUGUGAAAUGGUUUGAUAACAGAGGAGUGAUGAGAUGUACCCUCCUCACUCAGUACAAAACCCAACAGGGGGAUUUCAACAUUAUAUGACCAUUACUAUUUCUAAAUGACCGUUAAAUAUAUGAAAGCUAAACUUUGGGACCUGUUGGAACCUUGAAUGCCUUCUCCUUCUAAAAUUUAAAACUGACAAAGUGCUGUCUGUGAAAAAGUUGGCAUCCAGGCCUGCAUCAGAUGUGUUCCUGUUAUUAGUGGUCUGUGUUAGACAGAGAGACUGGUCUGAGAGCUGUGUGCCUGUACAGGUUCAACUCUGAGGAGGUCUAAGUCUCCCCUAACCACUGAUGCAGGGUCAGAUUUAUUCAUCACCCAACUGGUUAACCUUCAGAUUGUGUGAACGUUUAUCUGAUCCUAGACCUGGAGUGAACUCUGAUCUCAGUGUUAGAGGUUAAGGGUCAGGGUCUAGCUGAGGAUCUGUGGGAAGGCCACUGAGAUCCUCCGACAAACAUUUUCGCUUUUCUAGUGCUCCAUAUUUGGCUCCAUUUAAACCAUGGUGGAGAUUAACUGUUAAAUAUGCAACUGUUAUUUUAAAGCACCAUAAUUGUAUGUAUUGGAUAUAAACUUUGAGAGAUGUUUAGUUGCUAUAGACUUUAGUAGGACCAUUCUCGUAGUAAGCACGUAGAAGCACAAGAUGGUGGAUUAUUAUCAGUUAGUUUCUACCCUCUAUUCCCCUCAUGUACCAGUAGAAGUCUGGGUGGUAUUAUGGCUAAGCUGGGUUCCCUGCAUCUCAGUGGCAGGAAAAAGGUUGUGUCUAAACCUGUGUCCUUCUUACUCCUAUGCCCCGGCACCGGAAAGUCCACUAGCAUCUGGGUGUUUUUUAAAAGGUUCUAAACUUCAUCAGCCUUGUGUACAGUGGAACGCUUUUCAAAAAGUCAACAACAACUAAAGAAGCUAGUUAAAUACAGGAAUAAAAAUGUACAAUACUGUUUAUUCAAGUCUUGCUUUUACUUUUCAUUUUGUAAAUUCAGUAUAAUAAAUAAGUUAAUGACUGCUG